AUCACCCUUCCCAAAUUUAGAACAAACGAAGAAUAAACACCUCAAAUUCUCUAUCCCUAGUAGUGAUCUUCUUGAAUGCCAAAUAUUUUGCUCCCUAUUUUCCUUCUUUAUUUUUAGUUCACAACCUCCUAAAAUCUCAAUUCAUAUCCUCUCUUUCAAUUUUGUACCAAAACAAAUUAGGUCUCCUCCUCCGUCGCCUCCUCCUCCGUCUUCCUCCUUCCUCUCCUUCGUCGUCAACUUGACAAAUUACUCCUUUAGGAAGUAACAAAAUAAUAACAUUCAUAAAAUUAUGGAUUCGGCCGAACUCCAGCGCGUUUUUCAAAUGUUUGACCGCAAUGGAGACGGCCGAAUCUCGAAAAAGGAACUCAACGAUUCUUUGGAAAAGCUUGGGAUCUAUAUCCCGGACAAAGAGCUUGACCAAAUGAUCGAAAAAAUCGACGUUAAUGGAGACGGUUGGGUGGAUAUGGAAGAGUUUGGCGAACUCUACAUGUCUAUAAUGGACGAACGCGAGGAGCGCGACGAGGAGGAAGACAUGAAGGAAGCCUUCAACGUAUUCGAUCAGAACGGAGACGGUUACAUCACGGUGGAGGAGCUUAGAUCGGUACUUUCUUCCUUGGGGCUGAAGCAAGGGAGGACGGUGGAGGAGUGCCGGAAGAUGAUAAUGAAGGUGGACCGCGACGGCGACGGCAUGGUUGAUUACAAAGAAUUCAAGCAGAUGAUGAAAGGAGGAGGAUUCAGUGCUCUUGGUUCAGAUUAAAUUAAAUUUCUUUUCCAAUUUUCGUCGUUAAUUAUAAUUAAUUAGCCUCUUAAUCUCUCUUUGCUACCUUCUUUCUCUCUAAUUUCUCUGUAGACUCUAUAUAUAAUGCAUGUAGUUUUAAUUUGUAUUGGCAUGCAUGCACAUAAAUACAUACAUUUGGGUUUUCAGAAUUCAAGUCGUAAUUAAUUGUGUUUCCAAAACUCAAACCCCAUCAUCCCUUGUAAAUAAUAAAUUUUAUGUUAUCUUAGGUUAUAU